UCCACUUCUCUCUCUCAUCACUUUCUCUCUCUAACCUCACCACCUAUCCAAAUCCAGAUGCUUCAAUCACAAUUCAAUCACCACCACCAGCACCACUACCACUCCCACUCCCAAUCUCGCUCAAAUUCCAUUUCUGCCCCUCCCAAUUUCCCCUAUUUCCUCUCCAUACCACCGCCCCGCCACGGCCGCGGCCGCCGGAUCUAUGUAUAGCAGGAACGCCAUCCUAGGGUUUCUCUGCUCCGGUCUGAUCCUCGGCGCCGGAUAAAGGUUAGGGCUUUAGCGUUGAGUUUUUUUUUCCCCCAAUGCCGGCCCUCGGAAUUCUAGGGUUUCAGGGGCUACUGUUUGGGGUCGUUUUGGCGGCGUUCUUUGUGAUUCGCCACAAGUGGAGGAAUGCGGUGGCGAAGAAGGAGGAGAUCAUGAGGCUUGUGGCUAUGGCUUCCGAGGAGGCCGCAAUGGCCGAGUUUCAGGCCACCACGGCUAUGUAUGCUGCUGCUCCUCCGGUGGCGGCGCCGGUGACCAGUCCGUUUCACUGUGCUGUAUGUUAUUCCCAAACCACCAUGCGGUGCUCGAAAUGCAAGAGUGUUAGAUACUGUUCUGGGAAGUGUCAAAUCAUUCACUGGAGACAAGGUCACAAGGACGAAUGCCGACCUUCGAUUGGCACCAUGGAGGUGCAACACAACAGUGAUUUAGACGGGGAAGCGGUGCUUCAUCGUGGUGGAAUAGGUGCACAUACCAGUGCAACCUCACCCAGUACCAUAUCAUGGGAUGGCUUCACUUCAUCUGGUACUGGAGCUGACACCUCUUCGGGUGAGAUUCUUAAUCAUGUCAGUGUUGACAGAGCAGAGAAACCUCUUUUUGAUGGUACUGCUCCUGAUCUACUUGGAAAUAUGUCAGAGUAUACUAAUUUGGUAAAUUGUCGAGAUAACUUUUCACCUGCAAAUAAGUUAGUUAAGAUGAAAUCCAGUCACAAUGAUAAAGAGGUAGAAUCUGAAUCAAAAUUGGCCAAAGCUAAGAUAGACAUGUCUGCUGAUGCUCAGCCUGCAAAUUUUGCUGGUAAAAAGCCAACUAGAAGGGGUACUUCAAUAGAAAAGGUAGUUACUGAUGCCUUUAAGUCCAAGAGGUUGUCAACUAGUGACAGGGAAGAUGAGCGUAAAGAGGGACCUUUAUCAAAUAGUGGUUCUAAUGGCCGGCCAUCUUCAACCACUGGAGGGUUACUGGAUUCCAGUUAUAGAUCUGAAAAAGUUGACGGUUAUCAUGCCUUGCCUGCCAAAAUUGGUAGUAUCCCAAGCUUGCCGCUAAAUGCUUGUAAUGGUCUGAAGACAUCCAUGAAGAAAGUUGUGCAGCAGUUUAAAUCCUCAAAACAGCUGAAAUCCAAUCUCUCAGGUCCUGAAAAUGGGAUUGCUGGAAAGUUCAAGGUAAUAUUUCCAUAUGAGCUAUUUGUGAAACUGUACUCCUACAACAAUGUGGAUCUUUGCCCAUUUGGCCUGACAAAUUGUGGGAACAGCUGUUAUGCUAAUGCUGUGCUACAGUGUUUAGCAUUUACUCAGCCUCUUACUUCGUAUCUUCUUCAAGGACUCCAUUCUAGAGCAUGUCAAAAAAAGGACUGGUGCUUUAUAUGUGAAUUUGAAAUUCUGCUCCUGAAGGCAAGGGAAGGGAAGUCUUCACUGUCCCCGAUUAGGAUCUUAUCCAGAAUACAUAAAAUUGGAAGCCAUCUUGGUCAUGGGAAGGAAGAAGAUGCUCAUGAGUUUUUGAGGUAUGCAGUUGAUACCAUGCAAUCUGUUUGCCUCAAGGAAGCUGGGGCUAUUGGUCCUUUGGCAGAACAAACAACUCUAGUAGGCAUGACCUUUGGAGGUCACCUUCGAUCCAAGAUAAAGUGCAUGAAGUGCCUCGGGAAAACUGAGCAAUUUGAGCGGAUGAUGGAUCUUACUGUCGAAAUUGAUGGGGCAAUUGGAACUCUGGAAGAGGCUCUUGCACAAUUUACUGCUACUGAAACUUUGGACGGAGAUAAUAGGUUCCAUUGUAACAGGUGUAAAUCUUAUGAGAAAGCCAGAAAGAAACUUACAGUUCUAGAGGCACCAAAUAUUCUUACAAUAGUGUUGAAGCGAUUUCAGUCUCGAAACUUCGAGAAGCUGGAUAAGUCAGUACGUUUUCCAGAGGUUCUCAACUUGUCACCAUACAUGGACAGAACAAGUGAUAAAUCUCCUUUGUACAAUCUUUAUGCCGUCGUUGUUCACCUGGAUAUUAUGAAUGCUGCAUAUUCAGGCCAUUAUAUAUGUUAUGUAAAGAAUAGUCAAGGCAACUGGUUCAAGAUUAAUGACAGCUCGGUUGAACCCGUGGAAUUAAAGAGGGUCUUAUCUGAAGGCGCAUACAUGCUUCUUUAUGCAAGGCGCUCUCCACGACCCCCACCCUUGGUAGGAAGUAACGCCCUUUCUCAUGCUGGGACAUCCAAUAGAAGGAACUCGGAAGCAGUCCCUUCAAGCCUUACCAAGUCCAAGUUGAGAUACACGGUUCCAAGUAUGAAUAGUUCUGCAGCACAACCAAAGUCUAGUAGAGAGUGGUACAGGAUGAGUUUUGAUGGUUCAAGCAAUCAAUCAUUAGAUCCAGAUGAUUGGAGAUCUCAUUCCAUGUACAGAGUUCCUGCUAUGGAUUCAUUAAGUGAGAGUUCAUCGAUUUUCAGCUCCUCGGAUGCAAGUUCUUGUAGCACCGUGAGCACCAAGGACUCCUCCAGCAAUGAAGAUCUCUCUGAUUACAUAUUUGGUCAAGUAGGAACAAAUCCGUACAGCCAAUUCAGGCGUUCAUCAGACGUGGUUGCACCUUCCUUGUUUCCAAACUUUGAUGUAGAUAUGAAAGGCCGUAUAGAGGACUCAGAAGGCGGAGGAAACUCCACAAUUUUGUGUAGUGACAGAAGUAGACAUCGCAGGAAGUCAACCUCAGAUUAAUUGAUAGCAGUAGCUAGCACUAGGGGAAUUGACCAGCCGCAAUUUUUAUUGACCAGGCCAGCCCUUUGCUCUUUCCCGAUGUAAUCUAUGUCUAUUUGUAUCGUUUACAAGAGCAGAGCAAACGGAUGGAGAAAGAUCAGCUCAAACAUUUUACCGAGGUUUGAGCUGAGAUGUAAGUAGAGAAUAUGAUAAGGUCAUUAAGGCAUUACUAACUAAUUCUAGCAUAAUGAAGAGAAAUCAACCAAUUCUUGUUA